CCCAUAUUUGGGCAGCGCACGUCGGAUCAAGAAUAAAAAAGGACACCAAAGACUACUCCACCUAUAAAUCCUGGAUUUUUUUUAUUUAUUUAUUUUUUAAAGGAAGGCAGCUUUGAGUUUUCCAAAAGCGGCUCCAAAGAAACGCAAUGACCAACCAAAACAAGGAAAUACCCGUAACACACAUCCCGCAGCUCUUUAUAGGUUAGAUAAAAGACAAAAUAAGUGUCGGUGGUAGUUUAAAAUGAGCAUUUAUGUUGACAGCUCCAGUCUCAGGCAAACAGACGAGACAACUUCUUCUAACACUAUGUUUAGUUUCGAUUUAUCUGGGAGCAGGUCCAGUUGUUAUGAGAGUGUUAAUGUGGACGGGAUUUACUCUUGUCCCGUCCCCACGACUUCUGUCGAACAGAAGGAGAUGAAAACUAGCCUGCGUGGCAACACGGAUACUCCUCUCCCGUCAAGACCACUGAUAACCAUGGUGUCCAGUAGCUCGUCUGUGGACGCGAGCGGGCUAAAUUACGGCAGCAGUCCACUGCUGGGACGUGGGGCAGACAGGGACCCGGAGAGAAGCGCCAAAUCCCUCGGCAACAAGAGCCAGGAGAGCGACAAAAACGCGGAUAACACGCAAUCAGUGAAACGAAACACAAAUGUGAAUCAUCGUCAGGAUAGUGAGCAGCGGCCACAGAUUUAUCCAUGGAUGACAAAACUGCACAUGAGCCACGAAUCGGAAGGUAAGCGGUCCAGGACCAGUUACACCCGGUACCAGACUCUGGAGCUGGAGAAAGAGUUUCACUUCAACCGGUACCUAAGCCGCCGCAGGCGCAUAGAGAUCGCCCACACUCUGUGUCUAAACGAGAGGCAGAUCAAAAUCUGGUUCCAGAACAGACGAAUGAAGUGGAAGAAGGACUCAAAGAUCAAAGUGAAGGAGUAAAAAUGCAGCCAGUGAGUGGGGUGCAUGCAGCACGUUUUCAGCCAUCACUGACUGCGCAGUGCCGCCUGACCUUCAGAUGAACCGCUAGGAGCAAUGACAUCAUGACACCGCUCUGUGUGCUUCAUCACCAAUUAUGUGUCACUUGCUGCAGUUUGGGACCUAAUGUAUUGAAUAUCACUCACUUUGAUCAAUCGGUUUACAUUUCUAAAUUAAUUUGCUGUCCAUGCGAUGAUAACCCCACUUUACUGCGCGAAGGGAACAGGAGGUUGAGGGGAGCUGGGUCCUUCACGCUGCCUGGCUUUGGUCUGCAUUGCACUGAAAAGCUGCACAAUAUUAAUAAUCUGUAUUCAUGGUUGGGAUACUGGCGGCUGAGCUGUGGCCUGCAUAAUUUCCAGCUAUGCCAUAUAGUUAAAAAUCUGCGGCCAGGGAAUCAAGCAGAUACUAAGUAAAUCAUAAACUGACCUGAGCUUAUGUUCAUAACUACAUUUCACCCUCAUUUCUUUUAUUUUAAAACCAGUGUGUUGCAGUUAGGAUGUUGUUGAACGUGUUAUGUGUUCAGUAAGCAAAGUCUUUGUGAAUGGAUAUCUGUGAAGGCAUCAUUAUUGUCACUGUCAUAUUGUUGUGAAUCUGGAUCAUUAUGUGUACUUCAGUAACUAUAUGUUAUAAUGUGCAAUGAAGCUCCCCCUUUGUAAACUGAAGGUGCCUGCACAUGGCAUAGAUUAACUGACAGAUGACCUGUUUGUCUAUUGUAACCAAUAAAG